GGAAGUCCUCCAACGGCCACUUGUUGGGGCACCUGGAGUAAAGUUAUUGUGACAACCCAGAGCACCAUGGUUGCAUCAGUCAUGAACUCGGUUCAACCUUACAAGCUGGGGAUUUUGUCAGAUGACAUAGCUUUGUCUUUGUUAGCACAAUAUGCACUUGAAGAAGAAAACUUUAACAAACAUCCAUUACUUGAAUCGAUUGGUCAAGGUAUUGUCAAAAAGUGUGAUGGUUUGCCUUUGGCUUUGCUAACACUUGGGAGGGUCUUGAAGACUAAAGGAAUCGAUGAUGUUAAAUGGGACGAGUUGUUGAAAAGUGAGAUAUGGAGUUCAGAGGACGACGGAAGUGAUAUUCUUCCCGCACUCAAGCUGAGCUACUAUCAUCUUCCUUCGCAUAUAAAGCAAGUAUUUGCAUAUUGCUCUAUGUUUCCAAAGGACUAUGAUUUUGAAAAGAACAAACUAAUCCUAUUGUGGAUGGCACAAGGGUUUCUGUCUCAAACAAAGGGCAAAAACCAACCAAUGGAAAGUUUGGGUUGCAAGUAUUUCGAAGAGCUGGUGGCAAGGUCUUUUUUUCAGCCUUUAGGGAAUGAUGAAUCACGAUAUAAAAUGCAUGACUUGAUAAAUGACUUGGCUACAAGUGUUGCAGGGGAGUUUUUUUUUAGGUUGGAUAAGAAUAUGGAUCUAAAUCGUAACAAUGACGCUUAUGAAAAGUUUCGUCACUUUUCAUUCAUACGUCAACAACCAGUUUCAAAAGAUAAAAAGUACAAGGAAUUACACAAAACUAGAUGCUUGCGAACGUUCUUACUUGUGUCAGGUGGUUGGGGGGGCCUUGAAAAUAUUGGUUCCGUUCUCACACUGGAGAAUGUUACUGCAGAAUUACUUCCCCGCUUACACUUCCUGAGGGUGCUAAGUUUAACUAAUUACUCGAUCACAAUGGUACCACACUCCAUUGGUUGUCUCAAGCAUUUAAGGUACCUUAAUUUUUCUGAGACGGAGAUCCCACAAAUACCAGAAGAAGUGAGCAAACUAUAUAAUCUACAAAGCUUGUUGGUCCGAGGGUGUGGUAAUUUAUUUACGAUGCCAGUGAGUUUUGUAAAGCUAAUAAACUUGCGACAUCUUGACAUGACUCAUACUCCGUCCUUGAAGAAGUUGCCUUUGGGGAUUGGUGGGUUGACUAGUCUGCAAACAUUAUUCAAGGUUGUUAUUCAAGAUAAUAAUGGGCUUAAAAUAUCUGAACUCAGGGGCCUAAAGGAUCUUCAAGGUGUACUUUCCAUCGAGGGGUUGGAGAAAGCGAUAGAUCCAACCGAAGCAAAGGAUGCCGAGUUACACCAAAAAAAGGGCCUUGAUGAGUUGACAUUGACAUGGGGUGAUGCUGCAAUUAAUGAACAUGACGUAAUUGAAAAGCUAAGGCCUCACUCUAAGUUGAAAACGUUGUGUCUUGAUGGGUAUAGAGGAAUGAAAUUUCCUAGUUGGCUUGGGGAUCCGUCGUUUGAUGGUUCAACAGAGCUUGUGUUAAACGAAUGUAACUGUGUAGUACUACCAACACUUGAACAUCUAACUUCACUUAGGAAGUUGGGAAUAUAUAGGUGUUCAAAGUUGGAAUCAAUUGAGGGAAGGAAAGAGGUGGUUAAUGGGGGGAGUAGCAUCAUGGGAUCUCUUAGACAAGUGAAUGUUAUAGGUUGUGAUGCACUAGAGAGUUAUUAUUGUCCAAGUAGUGUUGAGUCGUUGGUGAUAUGGGGUUGUCAUUCAAUGAAAUCAUUAAGCUUCUCUAAAUUGCAUGAGGAGGACCUCCCAUCAUCCUCAAACUUGAAGAAUCUGGAAGUGAAAGAUUGUAAGGAUAUAAAGUCGUAUUUGCUAAGUCUCACAUCUUUGGAAGAGAUGUUUAUAUGGACAUGUCCCAGUAUGGAGGAUUUAUAUCCAUCAUGUGGGGGGUUGUGGCCUCCUAAUUUAAGAGAGUUGUCAAUAGGAGAAUUAAAGAAGCCGAUGUCAAAAUGGGGGCUUCAAAACUACCCAUCCUCACUUGUUAGAUUAGUAUUAUAUGGAAGUAAUUCAGGAGUGGUUUCAUUUGGAACGGAAGAACAAGAUUAUAAUAAUACAAGAUCAUCAUGUUUUCUUCUUCCACCAUCUCUAACUUAUUUAGAUAUCAUUGAUUUUGAGGAAGUGGAAUCAGUUUUAGAGGUCUUACAAAACCUCCCUCACCUUGAAGAACUUCAUAUUUCUGGAUGCCCGAAGCUUAAACAUGUGCCAAAGACAUCUUCAUCGUUGAGAGUAUAUGUAUGUGGCAGAAACAUUGACACAUCAUGAGUUAGCCAUGGGACUGUGGGAGGUUUUCGGAUUUGUUCGGUUGUACAUCAUAUUAUAUAAGCAAAAUCGCCAGGUAUUUCAAUCUUUGAAGUAUUGGUGUUGGUUGUUUUGCUACUCUUCUGCUAUUUGAUGAAACUAAAAAAAAAAAAAAGAGUUUAUAAUGUUAUGGGGAAAUUAUGAAGUGAAUUUUGGUUUCCAAUUGUAUGCGUUUUUGUCUACAAUUUUUAGGGUGAUUAUGAUAUCGCAAAGUGAAUUGUAGGAU